AUGUCGGCUCUGUGGAAUGCAAAGACGAGUGUUGCUGUAUGGGCUGGGAUAGGACCAGGGCUGCUGUGCUGCCUCGGAAUCAGGAAGGCUCUCCCAGCUUCCCAGGCACAGGUGUGGGUGUGCUGCUGCUGGGUGUUGCAGAAACAGCCUCUGUGCCGAACAGGUGUGUGCGGAGCUGUCUGCCUCACACCCGGGAGGUGUGGGACGGUAAAGGACGUGCAUAUUGGGGUUAGGUACAGCGGUGGGGCUGCCAGAGAGCCCCUCCAGCUGCCUUGUGUUGCUUUUGGAGUCUACUGUAAGAACGGCGGCUUCUUCCUGCGCAUCAAUCCCGACGGCAGAGUGGACGGCGUCCGCGAGAAGAGCGAUCCGCACAUCAAACUGCAGCUUCAGGCAGAAGAAAGAGGAGUGGUAUCAAUCAAAGGUGUAAGUGCAAACCGCUUUCUGGCUAUGAAGGAGGAUGGCAGAUUGCUGGCACUGAAAUGUGCAACAGAAGAAUGUUUCUUUUUUGAGCGUUUGGAAUCUAAUAAUUAUAACACUUACCGGUCACGGAAGUACUCUGAUUGGUAUGUGGCACUGAAAAGAACUGGACAGUACAAGCCCGGACCAAAAACUGGACCUGGACAGAAAGCUAUCCUUUUUCUUCCAAUGUCUGCUAAAAGCUGAUUUGCAUGGUGGGUUCUGAAUGUAUGCCACACUACACUUUAAGAGGCAGAGUUUCUUACUCCUCACCAAACUAGUAAAAAUAGAAGCAGUUAUUUGCUGAUACCAGCUACUUUUGCAGAAAAAUUAAAACAUGAAUGUUUCUUCCUGUCUUCAUACUGCUCUGUAAACCUAUUGUGCCAGUGUGUGUGGAGGUAAAAUUACGUAGAGAAUCUAUUUUCAGGAUCAGUAACACCUCUAUUUUCUGCUAGAGAUUUCUAUAGAGCUAUUUUAUUUACUUUAUAUUCACUUUACGGAGUAAAAGAAAACUAAUCUGAUGCACGCUAACAGGAAAACUUGCCAUUUAAAAUAAUUAAUAUAUCUAUAGCUUAUUAGAGAAUAAAUACUGAUUUAUUUUUUUUUCUUCCCAAAAAUAAGAAGUCCACAAAUAAUUUCAAUAUGGUCUAAGUAACUCUGAAUAAAAAUCGUAAAUUAUUAAUAUAAUAAUGUGAAAUUUGUUGCUAUCAUGUAAUGUUUCUGUAGGAUUCAGGCAGCUCCUUGUGGUAUAGUUUGUAGAAGAGGCCUGUGUAUACAGCUGGAAACUCUCUCAUGGUUAUAUCAAUUUUAUCAAACCCUUCCCGAUAUCCAUAAAGUAACAGCUUAGCUACGUUGCUCGUGAUAGGAGUAGCGUGUUUUGUCCUGGCAAGCUCGUCCAGGUCCAUCCACUCACACCGCAAGCAUUCCUGCUGGCAGAAGUUGAUGGUGAAGGAGGAGGGCUGCAGGCGACAGAUGAUGUACAUGUCUGACUUCCCAAAGGCUCCAGGGUGUUUGUGUUGCUGUCUUAUGCUUAGGAUGGACUUGAACUCUGACUUGAUGCCAGUCUCUUCAAAAACCUCUCGAACUGCCGUGUCUCCUAGGCAAAGAGAGCAAUUCUUUCAAUAUAAACGAGAACAUACACUCUUUAAACCUUCUGAUCCCAGAACAAACAUCAUCUGUUCUGCUUAGCAAGCUUUUCAAAAUGCAGAGCCUGUUUGCCGUUCUACACAAGGACAAGCUAACUUUUUGGUCCCUGAACAAAACUAAUUGCAAACUACCUUUCUUUUGCAUAUGCUACAAAAAGAUGAAAGAAACUUUCCAUAAUACCGUCUCCACAGUGUAGUUUUGAAACUUGCCUUCUAUCUUGUGGUGGAAUGUUCUGCGUAAAGUUAACGUCAAAUAUAUAGAGACCUUUGUGGGAUUGGAAACCCGUUAAUGCCUAGUGCCUGCAGAACAUUUGUGUUUGUAACUUUCACUGCAGUUUUAAUUACAAGGCAACUGGCUAUGGGAAAAGAUGCUCAUUUACCAUUACUAAUGCCUAGGGAGACUGCACUGUACACAGCCUAGGGUGGCCCUUGCAGUCCUCUGGUUUAAAAGCGGUUGCAAAGCAAACUCCCUAGGGCAAGUGAUUUUUAUCAUUAGGCAAAGGAUGUAUUGCACAGAAAUGGUCAAAGAAGGUAAACAACUGAGAUUGGACAGAAUGCCAAGGCAGGCUAUGGUAAGAAAAACUGAACAGAGAUUUCAAUUAAGCUUUGAGCUUUUCUUUUAGAUCAACUGCCAUUUUCUUUUUCUAUUUUAAUUAAAGUAUGUAUUUUAAAUAUGACAGUUAAACUAGAAGAAACAGUAGGGCUUGAAUCUCAGAAAUAAGCAAAGUGAACAGAUUUUUCUAUUUGCAUAAUCUCCAUUAUGAAGCUAUUCAGAUUACUUGUGCAGAUCAGUUUAUGCUCAUUAAAGGUAGCAGUCAUGUAUUUUGUUGCUUCAGUAAUCACAGGAUUUUCAAGCGUUGUAACAGCACUUAAAAUUUGGACUCUUGAGUGACUGCGAGUUUGUAAGAUUUCACAUAAGUGAUGGAAAAAGUAAAAAUUAAACUUUUUAUUUUUUAUGUCUUUGGUAAUGUUGAAAUGUGAUGCACAGAUCAUAGCAUUUAUUAUGAUAUUGUUAAGCAGAGGUAGGAGGGAAGCUCUGAAUGAUUUGUUUCUUCCUGGUCCUUAAUAUUUACAUCCAGGCUCCAUCCAUAAUCUCACCUGUUACUUGAGGGAUGGCUGUUGGUACUCAGAAUUGCCCUAGUGAAGCCGUCUCUUGUUCUAGUUACUCUCUUCUCUCACUACAAAAGCUCCUCUGGUAUCUCUUGAGGCCCAGAUCCUCUCUCUCACUCUAAGUGUAAGGGUGUUGGCUAGGCAACAAACACAGGUUGGGGGUUCUUUUGAAAGCAUGAAGCCAUUCCAUUGUGUUGUACAUAUCUGCAGUGUUGAACAAAUAAUUUUGAUUUCUAUCACUGUGUUUGACAAUGCAGUUGAAAUGUGAUUCCAGAGUUAGAAAAACUACAAGUUAACUUUCUCCGUCUGUUGAAAUAAUGAAUUGGAAUACAAGCUUUCCACACAU